GAAACUUCCGUGUACGCACCGAAAAUGGAAAACAUUGGAGCCCCUUGUAAAGUCCUUCUUGAGUAGUGUUUUGUAUAUGCUCAAACAAGUAACUGAAAAUGAUAUGAUUUACUUUAUUGUGAGAGAGUCAGAGAAGGCUGUCCCUUAUUACUCAUGUUUUCCUAAAUUAUCUAAACAUUACCUAAAACAACUACUUGAUAUUUGGGGAACAGCGGAAGAUAAAGCUCGAAUUGCUGCUUUUCUUAAUAUUCGCAAACUUGCAUCUAUUGCGCCACCACCUUUUAUUGAUCUUUGCCUAAAGGGUAUUUAUACUACUUUUGUCCGAUAUUGCAAAGAAACUACCAUCUUUACGAUACCAUCCAUCAAUCUUAUGAGUAAUUGUGCAGUUGAUAUAUAUGGAAUUAAUCUUAAAAGUUCAUAUCAAUCUGCAUUUAAUUAUAUUCGACAAUUGGCUAUUCAUCUAAGGAAUUCUAGUAAUAACAAGAGUGAGGAAACCUUUAAUGUUGUGUACAAUUGGCAAUAUAUACAUUGUAUUGAAUAUUGGUCAAAAGUACUGGCUAAUUAUUGCGAUCAACCACAAAGUCCUACCAAUAAUAAAGGUUCAUUACAGGAGUUAAUUUAUCCGUUAGUGCAAGUAUGCACUGGUGUAAUAAGAUUGAAUAUUACAGCACUAUACUUUCCACUUCAUUUUCAUUGUAUUCGUAGUAUGAUUCAUCUUAUCAGAAAAACGGGAACUUUUAUCCCUCUUGCGCCAUAUCUUUUUGACAUUUUACAUUCAGCAGAAAUUCAUAGAAAACCAAAACUUGCAACCUUAAAACCUUUAGAUUUCUCAUCAAAUUUAAAAACACCAAAAGCUUAUUUACAUACAAAAGUUUAUCAGGAUGGUAUAUGCGAAGAACUUGUCGAACUAUUGUUCGAGUAUUACUCAUGUUACAGUUUAUCAAUAGCAUUUCCAGAAUUGGCAAUACCCGCCAUUAUUCAAAUUAAACGACAUAUUAAGAAUUCAAAAAAUGCUAAAUUCAACAGGCAACUUCAACAGUUUGUUGAAAAAAUGGAACAAAAUACUAAAUUCAUAGAGCAAGAGCGUUCACGAAUUGAUUUCAGUCCUAAUAAUCGAGCAGAAGUUAAAGCAUUUUUGAGAAAUAUGGAUUCUGACUCAACACCACUGGGUGAAUAUGUAAAAGCAACCAGGAAACUUAAAGAACAACGCCAAAAACUGAUGGCCACA